AUGGCUCUCACUGAAUUCCACCACUUUCCUUUGCUCCCCCUAGAGCUCCGCCAAGAGAUCUACAGUCUUGCUACACCACCCCGCUUUGUCCAAGUCCAGCGGUUCGAUGAACAAGACUACGAUGAAUUCGCAGAGCAUCUACGCACAGUGCCAAACGCCAUUCAAUUAGACGAAUCUCUCAUCCACUUCUCAUUCAAUUGGCGAUCUCAAAUCCCCCCUCGCCCCACACAGCAUACACUUGAGCGUUAUGGUUUCUCGAGCACCAAGUCGUCGUAUCAGCCGUGGACAGUGACAAAGCUCGCCCCUCAAAUCAGCCUGGAUUGGCUGAGCGAGAAUCUUGGAUAUGCAUGGCAGCUUUGCAGAGAGGUUUCCAUGUAUAGCACUGCUCCGAUUCCUGCGCUAUGUGAAUCUCGAGACAUCUUGAUCCGAAGAGGCUAUCAGCUUGCCUUUCGCACACGGUCUCACGGCCCUCGAACAUGGUUCAACUAUGAUCACGACGUCUUGUUUCUUUCCCAUGGAGAUGACUGGAACACCAAGCAUCGCGUAGUCAGUGGCUGUGCGUGGGAUAUCGGUCAAUUCCACCCCGAUGACAUGCAAAAGGUCAAAAGAGUCGCCUUGGAAGAAUCGACAGGAUCCCUUUACCUUGCACAUCCUAGAUUCAGCGAGGGGAAUUACAAGUUCUCUGACCUAUCGUCUGUAUUGAGACUCUUUAAGCACAUCGAAGAAUUACUCUUGGUGGAAUGGACAGACGCACAUAUUGCUUCAUUCUGCCCGGUGAAAGAUUUUGACGACAUGCCGAAGCGACGACAUGAAUAUGACACUCAGUGCCUUUGA